CAUAAAAAUAAAAAAUACUCCAUUAAAUUUGCUAUAGCCAAUAUUCCAUGUGACAGCGUACUGGGCAGACGAGCAUGUCGUGAAAUGGGAUUAAUAAAACGGAUUAAUGAGGUUACAUUAGAUGAGUAUAGUGACUUAUUUGAGGGUGUAGGAUGUUUGCCGGGGGAGUAUAGCAUCGUGGUCGACCCGAGCGUGCCGCCGGUGGUGAGCGCGCCGCGGAAGGUGCCGCUCGCUCUGCGCGACAAGUUGCUUGACGAGUUGAAUAGGAUGACGGACUUGGGCGUGAUAAGAAAAGUUACUCAUCCCACUUUAUGGGUUAAUUCUAUCGUAUUGGCGGCUAAAAAAAAUGGAGAUAUUAGAAUAUGCCUAGACCCUCGUCCAUUAAACUGUGCUAUUCGUCGUGCUCACUUUCAGUUGCCAACAAUUACAGAGUUAACUUCAAAGUUAAACGGAGCGUGUUAUUUUUCGGUGCUAGAUGCAAACUCGGGAUUUUGGGCAAUAAAACUAGAUGACGCCAGUGCUGACCUCUGCACUUUCGGGACACCUUUUGGUAGAUUUCAGUUUACUAGAUUACCGUUCGGAAUAAAUUGUGCCUCGGAAGUCUUCCACGCCAAGAUAAAGCAGUUGCUUGAGGGUCUGGACGGGGUUGAUUCUUUUAUUGAUGACAUCAUUUGCUGGGGUAGAACAAAACAGGAGCACGAUGAACGGCUGAUUGCAUUGUUAGAAAAAGCGCGCAGUAUUAAUUUAAAAUUUAAUAAAUCUAAGUGCAAGAUAGGCGUUGAAGAAGUGACGUAUCUUGGUCACGUGUUCAACAAAAAUGGUAUGAAACCCGACUGUUCUAAAGUGAAGGCUAUUAUUGAGAUGCCGUCUCCCACCGACAAGAAAUCCUUAGAACGUUUUUUAGGAGCCACUAACUACUUGUCAAAAUUUAUUCCGAGCUAUUCGGAGCACACUAAGCCGCUAACUAGCUUAUUAAGAAAGGAUACAGUUUGGAUUUGGGACGCGGUACACCAAAAUGCGCUAGAUAAAUUAAAAAAGCUGAUUAGUGAAAGUCCGGUUUUAGCGUUAUAUGACGUGCAGCAGCCGGCGGUGUUGUCGGUGGACGCGAGCAGCGUGGCGCUGGGCGCGGUGCUGCUGCAGGGCGGGCGGCCCGUGGAGUACGCCUCGCGCAUGCUCACCGACACACAAACCAGGUACGCUCAGGUCGAAAAAGAGAUGUUGGCCAUUUUGUUUGCCUGUGAAAAGUUUCGCCAAUAUAUUUAUGGGAAGAAAAACGUCGUUGUGGAAACAGAUCACAAACCACUUGAGAGUUUAUUUAAAAAACCGUUAGAGUCCGUCCCAGUACGUCUGCAACGAAUGUUAUUACGCUUGCAGGGACUAGAUUUAGUAGUCACAUAUAAACCGGGCAAAUAUAUGUACUUAGCAGACACUUUGUCUCGCGCGUCUUUACCUGAGAAAUACGAUGAGUCUGUAAGUAAAGGUAUUAGGUAUCAGGUAGAUCUUUUGAUGAGUAAUGUAAAUAUGUCAAAAAAUAAAUUAAGUGCCAUUAAAGAGGAAACCAUGAAGGACAGUAGUCUUGUUACAUUGUUAAGUUACAUAAACAAGGGCUGGCCAAACAAUAGGUACGAAGUAUCUGAAGAUGUUAAGUGUUACUGGUCGAUGAAGGAUGAGUUAUUUGUGGUGGAUGGCAUAAUAUUUAAAAAUAAUUUAAUUUUAAUUCCAAAGUCGAUGCGAGCUGAUAUGCUCAAAGUCAUUCACGACGGACAUCUUGGCAUUGAUCGGUGUAAGAGACGCGCUAGGCAAGUGUUAUUUUGGCCUGGAGUCAAUAAAGAGAUUGAAAUGUAUGUAAAGUGCUGCAAAGUGUGCCAGGAUCACUUAAAUGCACCAAGUAGAGAGCCAUUAAUACCCGUUGAGGUACCAAAAUUGCCGUGGUGUCAAGUAGAUCAAAACCUUGCUGAUUGUGAUGAUGAGGGUGAUGUGGAACAGGUACUGUCUCCUGCAAUGGACGCUUUCUCUUCUGCGGAGUCAUCAGAGGAAACUGUGGUCGAGUCACACUCUCCCAUGAUAACAAUAAGAAAAAGAGGUGGACAAAUAGCCGAGUAACCAGGUCUUGUCCCGCAUCACUCUAUAUAUAGAUAGUUUAAAUUUUGAAAAGACAUUUAAAGUUAUGUAUUUCAAUAUAGGUUAUCAGUGUACGAUAUAAUAAGUAUUCCUAAGUUACUACUGUACGCACAUUUUAAAAUGUUAAAAACAAAACCCUAUUGAUUGGGGUACCUUUGUAUGGGUAACAAUUUUAUGCAAGUUAUGUAAUCCGGUGUUGGGUAGAUUAUAUUAGUAUGUAAUCUUUAAAAGGGGAAGAUGUUGUGGGUAGAACUAGAUUUAAUAAAAAUCAGUUGUCAUCCAACCCGCG